AGUCCUCGCUUGUCGACGCCGUCGUCUCAACCGUUCAGGCCAAGGCAUUCCGCUGUGAGGCCUCGGAACCUUCGGAAUAGCACGCUGAGCACUGCUGAGCAUUGAAUUUUGACCGGUAAUCCGCGUCCCGACACCCGGGCGGAAUAACAAAUAAGGAACGCCCCAAAGUUUUGCGACAGUUGUAUAUACACCCGCGCAUCGCCGUAGCAAGCACAGAAUACACGUCUCCCUUCGUCCUCGACAUCAUUAUGAGCGACGCACUCGACAAGUUGAGGCCCUUGACGCCGUACCUGGCGAAGGCAGCGUCCUUCGCGCCCUCGUUCUGCAAGUACUUGGCUGUGGCGCUUGUAGUCCUGAACAUCGGCUCCUUCCCCGGCUUCUGGCAUGCCCGAGUAUUUCGCUCCGUCAUUCUGUUGAGGAUCCAAUGGCGACUGUUCCAGCUGAAGAACAUGUUCAAGUCUCAGAAGAAGAAGGAUGAACUGGAAGCCAAGUGGAUGGAGGACCUCACCCCUAUCGGCACAGACCCCUUCACUCUCUGUGUCCCUUAUGACACGCGCGCAAGGAUCGACGACAGCGACUUCAACCUGCACUUGAGCAACUCCAGCUAUGCCAAGACCUUGGAUAGCGCGCGCUUCAAGGCGGCUAUGGCUGCGUGGCCUAAUUUCUUCGUGGCUGGCGGGUGGAUGCCCCUCGCGGCCACGCACUACCAUUUCAUUCGCGAGAUCCCCAUGCUCGCACCGUAUCAGGUUCGCAUCCGCGUUGGCGCGUGGGACCAGAAAUGGCUCUACGUCGUCUGCCGCUUCGUCACCAUGCCCAAGAAGGGUGCCAAGAAGCACAACGAGAAGCCUCCCACCCCCACCGCUGAGCCCGCCGCCGAUCCCUCGAACCUCUCCAUGCACAUCAUCAGCACCCCCGCCGACGAGUUCGCCUCCUCCGCUCCCACGCCCAACCCUCACUCGGCCCCUGCCCCUGGCACCACGGAGAAAACCCUUAAGGGUGUUUCUGCCGGUUUAUCCUUCGAAGAGGACGAUGGAGCAAUCGUUCACACUGUCAGCGUCUCGCAGAUGUGCUUCAAGAUUGGACGCAUUACGGUUCCGCCCGCGCUCGUAUUCGCCACGAACGGGUUCUCCCAACCGGCCCCGGAGGGCUCUGCACCAUAUUCGCCCACAAACCCGCCGCCGCACUGGGCGACAGUGCAGAGUAUCGGGGUGAAGGCGAAGGGCGGGAGCGUGAAGAAGAUGCGGGACUUGUUGAAGGGUGGAUGGAAGGAGGUGCCGGAGGCGGAGCGAUGGUGGGAACAGGCGCUGGGUGGACCGGUGGAGGAGAGGAACAAGGCGUCGUUGCCGGCGUUCCAGAAGAUUGUUGGAGGGAUGGAGGCGGUGAGGGGAUUGCAUUAGAGGCUCCAAGGGUGGAAGGACCGUUCAAAGGGAGUUUAGAGACCCGGAUCGCAAUAGAGAGCAUAGACUAAGCUAUUCUGUACUAGCAAACAUAUAUAAUAUCCUGUAAUCCGUAUGAAGGUCCAUGCAUGACCCUUCUACACGAAAACUUCAAUUAAGAUCC